AGAUGUCAGCUCCUACGCGAGCGAGAUGCCGAUAAUUUUAUUAUCAAUGUCAGAUUAUUUUACCCAGAACAACAGUCAUUAUGCCAAUCCGUGUUUUGCUUAGAGGACUAUCUGGUUGUCAGUUGCUUUCCUGUCGAGCAGCACAAGUGAAACCUUCUGUGUUCAGGCUUUUGCAUACAACAGUUGUAUGCUGGAAGUCCAAGUCGAAGAAAUACAGUGGAUCUGAAAAUAAUAAUGCAGACGGUGACAUUGAUCCUGAUCUGAAAGACGCUGUCCAAAAUGUUGCCGACUCACUCCCUGGUGAUGCAGAGAAAACUGCUUCAGACUUGCUGUCACAACUGAGGAUUCACUCCACACCCUCUGUACCAUCAGAGUCCGACACUGGUGACUCAAAACCAGUGCCAAGUCUGGGGGACCUGUUUUCUGGGAUGAAGAUUGAGAAGGCCCAACGAGACAGACAAAGAAGUCCAUUAAAAGCUGGUUCUAGGGGAUGGCAACCUCGUACUCAAGAUGGCAGGGGAAGUUUUUCUCACAAAGCCCUGUUUGAGGGACCAGGUCUUGGUAUCUUUUCAAAGAAGUCAGAUAACCAGGAAGUUAGUCUACAAGUCACAGAAGAGAGUCUCUGGGAUGUUGUAGAAAGAGAAGAACUGGAGAAACUGACAAGGACGCCUCCCACCAAUGCUUUUGAAGAAAUGAUACAGCUGACAAAUGAGGGAAAGCUGUGGCAGUUCCCAAUAAAUAAUGAACAAGGAAUGUAUGAAGAAGCUAAAUAUGGAUUCCAGGACCAUGUGUUUUUCGAUGACCUUCUUGAAGACUUUCCCCAGAAAGGUCCAGUUAGACAUUUCAUGGAACUGGUGACAACAGGACUGUCCAAAAACCCAUAUUUGUCGGUUCCUCAGAAGAGAGAACAUAUCCAGUGGUUUAGAGACUACUUCAGAGACAAAAAACACAUAUUGGAUGAAACUAUCGAUUCAUCAAACAUUCAGUAGUGUCUCUCAGAGAGAGUUCAUCAUGUGUGCUGUAGAAAAGUAUAGAGCUGGGGUUAACAGGGAUAAAGAAACCUUGGUUGGCCAGGAUCUGUGAAAAGUACGUGGACUUUAAAGGAUGUGGAUUGUGAUCAAUUUUGAAGAUUUGUGCUUUAGUUUUAAUAAAUUACCAUGAA